ACAUUCAAACACGUGGGUUUGGCCCAAGAUAAAACCGGAGGAGAGAGUGCAAUAACAGACGACGGGACUCCAUGGGUAAUACAACGAUGUCUCUUUACCGCAACUCUGCUUGGUUUCUGAAAGGAAUGACUGAAUUCACCAGGAGUGCGUUCCUCUCUGCCGCCAAACACUUUGUGGAAAAGGACCUGGAAGUGUCCAUGGCAGGCAGGGUCUUCAUGGUCACCGGAGCCAACAGUGGCAUAGGGAGAGCUACAGCCAUGGCCAUCGCCAAGAGAGGUGGUACAGUCCACAUGGUGUGCAGGAACAAGGACAAAGCAGAGGAGGCCAGGGCUGACAUUGUCAAGGAGUCAGGAAAUAAAGAAAUAUAUGUCCACAUUCUGGACCUGUCUGAGACACGGAAGGUUUGGGAGUUUGCAGAGGCCUUCAAGAGGAAGUACAAAGCCUUGAAUGUACUGAUAAAUAAUGCAGGCUGCAUCAUGAGUGAGAGGGAUGUGAACGCUGAGGGGCUGGAGAAGAGCUUUGCCAGUAACGUCAUGGGUGUGUAUAUCCUGACCAAGGGCCUGAUUCCCUUACUGGAGAAGAGUGCAGAGCCAAGAGUGAUCACAGUUUCAUCUGGAGGGAUGCUGGUCCAGAAGCUGAGGACAGGGAACCUGCAGACAGAAAUAGGUCGCUAUGACGGCACCAUGGUCUACGCACAGCACAAGAGGCAACAGGUGGUGAUGACAGAGCAGUGGGCCAAGACCCAUAGCAACGUCCACUUCUCAGUGAUGCACCCUGGCUGGGUGGACACACCAGUUGUAGCGGUGGCCAAUGCCAUGCCUGACUUCCACCAGUCUAUGAAGGGCAGUAUGAGGACCCCGGAGCAGGGGGCUGACACCACGGUGUGGUUGGCCAUCUCAGAGGCCGCCGCCACCAAGCCCAGCGGAAGCUUCUUCCAGGAUCGGAGGAUGGUGUCGGCCCACCUGCCCCUGGCCUGGACCCACAGUUCCCAGUUGGAGCAGCAGAAGUUCAUGAGUGUGAUGGAGGAUCUGGCCAAGACCUUCCAGCCCCACUGAGACCACUACCACACACAAGUACCAUACCAGUACUACAGUACACACUGGAACCAGUGCUGUAUACUGGGAACCAGUUCAGCAUAGCUAACAGUCUACACAUACCUGUCAGGAGGGAGGGGGGGGGUCCUACUAUAUUUGAUUUGCACUACUUUAACAGUUUAGAUAUUUAUUGACCCCUAACACUUUUUAAAUAUGUAACCUCUAUAUGGCUUAAAACACUUAAUAUUCUAAGCUAAAACAGAACAGUGUUUGAUGAUGCUGAUUUGGGGUUCCCUGAAAAGAGAUCUUUACCUUGUAGCCUUUGAGCUGCUGAUAGGGAAAUCAUUUUUAAGUUCUUUAUACAUUUAACCCAACACAGUAUGUUGUUUUUCUACCACUUCAAGCAGUGACUCAAUGAAAGCUGUCAAUCAGAUGGGAAUCUGAUGUGACCAAAGUCACUCCCUUAUCCAUCCACCAAUCACAUCACAGCCUGUUGCUAUGGGCCCAGCCUAACAACACAGGGUUUGUUGGUUUGCUCCGCUUUGAAAAUGUUCAAACUAUUUUACCCAAGUGCUUCUUCAGUGUUACAACCUCAUGAAGUUGUCUGUUGAUCCAUGAAAAGUCUACAACACUUGUGUACAUAACUGAUUAAAUGCAUUGGUGUGCAUUAUCAAAAUUACAUCAUGAGGGUAAAACGACAGAGCAGGAUUCAUGAGUCAGCCAGCUAACUUUGAUUAACAACCAGAAACAUAAAUUAAAAAGGUAAAGUUAGAUAUGUGAUUUUGGUUGUUCAGUCAAUUACACCAUCCUCAUUUCAUGCUUAUCUACAAAAGUAGAAUAGUCUGAAUAUUUUGGCAAGUUAGCUGUUUAAAUCAUUGAACUUGCAUUAUAAUAGACCCCUCUGGGUGGUUAUACUGAGCCCAGGCAUGAAGAAAACUCUCACUAUCAGCAGGUAGAUGGAGAUUUGACCUAUUCAGACCAGAGGUUCCCACCGCUGUACCUGACAUGGCCAAUACAGCAAAGAUAUAUUUAAGUAACACUUGAUGUUUAAGGGGCACAUAACACUUUGAGGAAGUAAUGAGAUAUAAAUAUGCUUAUUGAUGAGGCAGUCAUGUAUUUUGUGAUUUCAUCCUUGAAUAAAAAAUAUACACUGAUGUAAAACCCAA